UUAUAGAAUGUAGACACAAAUCUGCCAUGAGAGGCCGGCGACUACUCCACAUAUUGGUACUGAUCAUGUGCACCUAUGUUAUGGUUACCGUUUAUUUUUACAAGAGUGUGUUCGAAAGGGGACAGGAAAUUAGACAAUCGGAUGACUACAGUUCAGUAUUUGAGUAUGAAGAAGACAAAUCAGAAACAAAAGUUGACCGGAAGUUGAAAGGUCACAGUGAUCAUGCUUACUUUGCAUUUAACGAUAAGCUUCACCAAAAUAGUCUACCUGAGGCUCAAUCAAAUUUGAUAACUGAGAAAUUGGAGAAUUCCGUAAAAACGACCAACACCAAUCAUAUGCAAUUCGAUAGAGAGGAGAUGUCUGGGAAAACAACUCAAUCUAAGUACAAAAAUUUUGAGGAAGAUGAUUUUGAUAGAAAACUAAGGGAGAGUGCCAUAAGACUUGCAAAGAAAAUUCAGCAAAAUAACUUUAAUUUUUACCACCAAAACAAAACUUCAAGCACAAUAAAAGCAAAGACUAAGCGAGGGGAACAAACAGUAAAAACAAGUUUUGUGGAACAUAGAACUUCAGAUGUAGAAAAGCAAAAGUUAACAAAGAAGAAGCACUUCGUUCGGCAAUCAGAGUUUAUUCGAAAUCCUAACAUCACAAUUUCAACCGAGAAUUAUAACUUUAGAGAGAUUUUUCCUUACAAUGGGAUAUAUUUAUAUUCUUCCUUCUUUGAUACCCGCGAGGAAGCAAAUUUUAUACGCUUUAUACUCAUCGGUAGAGCACGUAAUUUCAUCAGACUGUGGUGUCUUUUGCAAAGCAACGACACCGAUGAGGUUUUCAAAUCUGAAGUGCAGUUCUACCCAACGUGUGAAAGCCACGUUAAAGAUAAUUCAGUGUAUUUGUGUUCAUGUGAAAUACCCCAAAAAUUUGGUCGGGUUCAACAUGUAAAUUUGACUAACAAUGAAAAUAUGAAGCAGAUUGUACCCAUAAAUGUCAUACCCGAUAUAAUUGAACAGCCCUAUAAAUACAAAUUCUCAACGUGCGUCCCACCUCUGUUUGGAGAUAUCAAUAUUAUACGUUUAACUGAAUUUAUAGAACUGUCCAGAUUGUUAGGUACAGAACAUAUUUAUUUUUACUAUAACAGAGAAAGAGGUGAUAUCCAUCAAUUACUUCAGUAUUAUUCUGAACUGGGUAUUGUGACGUAUUUCCCCUGGAAUUUGUCAAUGGAGACACAUGAGAUUUGGUAUCAUGGGCAAUCCGCUGCAAUAUGGGAUUGUUUGUAUAGAAAUAUUCGUGUGUCAGAACUAGUCUCUUUUAAUGACAUCGACGAAUUUAUCGUCCCAAAACAAACAGAAACAUGGAAUUCUAUGUUAACCAAUUUACACAAAUUGGCCAGGGAUUCUCUUUCAAAGGAGCAAGACGUCGCUGUGUUUAGCUUUCAAAGUGUUUUCUUCGAUUCUAACUUUGUAAACCAAGAGCCGGUCAAAAAUGACGAAUAUAUUCAACUUCUGACGUCAAACGUUACAAUGCGAACUUCGACAGUUAGCAAAGUUAGAACAAAAAUGAUUGUUUACCCUUUACGAGUUUUUGAACUAGGAAUUCAUCAUUUAAGCAGACCUAUUAAGGAAAAUUUUAAGUCCGUUUCAAUCCCAGACAAUGUUGCUUUGAUAUAUCAUUAUCGUACCUGUGAUUGGAACUAUGGCAUGAACUGUGACAGAAUUGUCAAAGAUGAUUCAAUGCAUAAAUAUAGGAAUGAGCUACUAACACGUGUCAAAAGUACACUUCAUAAUGUAAAACAAUUAGAGACAACUUCACGUUCAAUCACUAAUAAUAAAAUGAAAAAAGGCGCGGAAAAUAAAAGUUAA